AUGUCACUGCAAUCUUCCGAUCCACUCAUCUCCAAUCCAUUCCGUACCCACCACGUCUACAAUGAUCCUACAGAACCCUUCCUAUCUACUAUGCGCAAUGGAUACCAGUCCAAUACGAUGUUUGAUAACCUGGCCCCACCGCGCUCUAACCAUACGUCUACUCUCCCGCCGCCACAUAACGGUGUUCAGUCAUGGACUACCAGUACUCUAGCUGGAGAUCGGCCCUCGGGCACAACCAUACAUGACCGGCAACACAACAAUAGAGAAAGCACCACUACUUUCAUCUGCAAAUGGGACAACUGCCGCAAACCGUCAUUCCAAUCAAAGGGAAGCUUGAUGCGCCACAUCGACACACAACAUGUCGCUCCACGUUCGUUUAAAUGUUCGGAGGAGUCGUGCAACAGGUUCUUCGGUCGCAAGGAUAAUAUGGAGGAGCAUGUACGUCGGGUUCAUUGGGUUCGAGCCUGA